AGAAAAAUUUAAAGAAAUGGCCUUACAAUAUUUCAAUACUUCCUUCUUCAAGCCUAACGAUGUUUCAAUAAGCAAAGUUUCUUAUGAAUGGCAACUUGCGACCAUUUCACAAGUCAAAAGCUCUAACAUACAUAUGUGUAUCUCUCCUUCAUCGAGGCCACAUGCGAAUACCAUUAACAACAAGGCACUACUAAUAGUACGUAUGGCCGGGCCACCGGCCAACACUAUGGAAAUGAUCAAAGACAGAAUUUCUUUUAAGAUGGAACGACAUCAAGAAUUCAAGGUAAUCUCCCCGUACGUUGAUGCUAAGAACAAACUCCACGAGCUCAAAGAAUAUACGAGAAGAGCUUUACUGAUGAUUUCAGAUCCUGCAAAGACAAUGAAGCUAAUUGACGCGAUUCAAAGAUUGGGAGUUGGACAUUAUUUCGAAGAGGAAAUUAAUACAGUAUUGAUCAAUAAAUUACCAACCCAUGUCUUGCCCGAUGAAGAUCUAUACACAACUGCUCUACUUUUCCGGCUUCAACGACAAAAUGGCAUUUAUACCAAUCCUGGAGAUGUUUUCCAAAAGUUCAUGGAUGUAAACGGUAAAGUAAAGGAGUCAGUAACCGACGACAUAGAAGGGUUAUUGAGUUUAUACGAAGCUUCGUAUUUGGGUACAAACGGAGAAUAUUUUUUAUCGCAUGCCAAGGAAUUUACUACAAGACAACUUCACAAAUUCGUAUCACAACUAAGCCCAAAACUUCAGAUAAAAGUUGUUGAAAGCUUAGAGCUUCCACGACACAUGAGAAUUGAAAGGUUAGAAGCAAGAAGGUAUAUUGCAGAAUACGGUAAUGAAGAUGAUCAUAACCCAAUUAUACUAGAGUUUGCAAAGUUAGAUUAUAAUCAUGUCCAGUCACUAAUCCAAAUGGAGCAGGUUGAGGUAACCAGUUGGUGGAGACAAUUGGGUUUAGCUAAUAAGACAAGUUUUAUUCGAGAUCGACAUGUUGAGUGUUUUCUAUGGACUAUUGGCCUUUUGCCAGAACCAAAGUACACCAGUUGCAGGAUUGUGCUCGCUAAAACCAUUGCCAUUUUGUUGGUUAUUGAUGAUAUAUAUGACACUUACGGGUCAUACAAUGACCUUGUACUCUUCACCAAAGCUAUUCAAAGAUGGGACUUGAAUGAAGUUGAACGACUUCCGGAGUACAUGAAACUAUGUUACAUGGCAUUAUAUAACACCAACGAUGAGAUUUGUGACAAAGUCCUCAAAGAAGAUGGCUUGAAUGUCCAACCAUUUCUACGAAAGACGUGGAUUGACAUGGUUGAAGCCUACAUGGUGCAAGUAGAAUGGACGAAACAAAGGACCAUACCAAACCUCAAAGAUUACAUAGACAAUGGGGUCAUAACAUCAGGGACAUAUAUGGUGAUGGUACAUCUAUUCGUUCUUAUAUCCGGAGGAGUUGCAAAAGAAAAUAUUAUAGAUCAUCUUAUCACGUAUCCUAAAUUCUUCACCUUGGCCGGAACCAUGCUUCGUCUUUGGGAUGACCUCGGAACGUCCAAGGAGGAAGAGAAAAGAGGGGAGGUCAUAUCUAGCAUACAACUACUUAUGAAGGAGAAAAACAUAAUAUGUGAGGAAGAAGCAAUAAAACACAUAUUGCAGAUUAUACAUGGUUUUUGGAAAGAUUUGAAUGCCGAACUAAUAACACCAGAUAUGGAUCUCUGGCCGAUGAUUCGAGUUGCUCUUAACAUAUCAAGAGCGUCUCAAGCUGUUUAUCAUCACAAUGAAGAUAGCUAUUUAUCAAAUGUACAGAAUCAAGUACAAACUUUGUUCUACGAACCUAUUGAUAUGCAGUACUAGAUUGUUUUCUAGAUUGCAUGGUCGUGUAUAUGUGUUUGAAUGUUGUAUAUAAUUGGUAUUAUCUAAUA